UUGGCCUUAAUGGUGCUGCUGGCCAUGGCUCAGCGCUGCCCCAUUUUGCACUGUUGCCUCCUGUUGCUAACAGUUGCCGCUGCGCAAGAUGCAACGGCAGGGUCCAAGUUGGCCUUCCUGGAAGAGGGCUAUUGUACUUCUACUCCCUUGGAACCCUUCGAUGGUGCCAUAGACAUUGCCUCCAUGGACUGUGCGAAGAUCAUGGAGUUCGUCUUCAUCUCGAGGUGGAAGUUGUGGCAACAGCUGGACGGCGAGUUGGCCGAAGCCAACAAGACCUCCAGCGCCACUGGUGCCCUGCAGACGCUGCGGAGGAGUUCGAGGGCUUCGUCCCUGGUCUCCGCCCAUGUGCACAUCAUCACGGCCGUUGCCUCGCAACGCGCGGAGUGCUUCUCCGAGCACGUGCGGCUGCUGCUGACGGUGAGCCUGCGACGGAUGAAGGGUUUGAGCACCGACCAGGUGAAGCAGUUGUGGUUUGCCAGCCAGGACGGUUUUGCCAACGAGGCAGAGCAUUCUUCGCGCCUCAAAGCGUGGCUCUCCGAGGCCGUGGGUCUCUUAGAUGCAGACCUUCGAACCUUGAAGACCGUGCUGCAAACCUGGACCCCGCCGAGUUUAGCAGAGAGUCGCUUCUAUUCCCACGAGGCUGAUGGGCGAUACAGCACCAUGGAAGCCUUGAGACGAGACACCUUUGAGGAGUACCAACUCGACAAGGGCCUACUGCAAGGCAUGUUGCGGAUGCUUCCACUGGAUUCAAUGGUGGCGGACUUUGGUGCUGGAUCGGGGCAGUAUGCCAAGUGGCUCAAUGACACAGGACUAGUGACCGCCUUGGCCUUCGAUGGCUCACCAGAUAUCCACCUAGUGACAAAGGGCGCUGUGGCACUAGCGGAUUUGGGACAGCCGCUCAACCUUGGGAGGAGGUUCGACUGGUCCUUCUGCCUUGAGGUGGCAGAGCAUUUGCCAGCGACGCUGACACAAACCUUCCUGGAGAAUUUGGACAAGCACACUGAGCACGGCCUGAUCAUCACCUGGGCACGUCCUGGCUUGCAAGGCCUCGGCACGGCCAACCCGUUGACCCAGGAUCAAGCCUUAGAGCUCAUCCGGCAACAUACGGGGCUGACGCAUUUGGAUCAGGAGCUCACGGCUUCCCUGCGGGCCUCCGCAUCCAUCCCACACAUUGCGGAUACGCUAUUGGUCAUGGUGCGACCAAGUGCGGCAACGGCACCAUUGCCCACGUCCGAUGCAUCCCCUGCUUGCAAUGCUGAGCACGGUUGGAUUUAUGCCGGCAACGACGUGCAGAUGUUCAACGCGGUCAAGUCUGCGUCUGCCUGCUGCGAGCUUUGCAACAGCAAUGAAAACUGCCGUUUCUGGACCUGGUCCCGGGAAGAAAGCCACAAGGAGCUUUGUUGGAUCAAGGCGACCCGAGAAUACCGUAUCAGCCAUGCUGGAUUCAUUUCCGGCACGCGUGAUAGCAGCUGAUCUCGCUGGUCAACCUGGUUGUCAAGCGAGG